CUCUAUUUUUAAGCAUAUAUUCUUAUCUGUGAAAGUUUUGUUUUGUGUGGGCUACAUUCACCUUCCAUGACCCGUGAUGUGUUCGGGCUCCAGCACUGAGGGGCAGUAGUUUAAGAUGAGCUUCCCGCCCUUUCCAGUACCGGGCUUUAACACGUGUAUCCGUGCUGUAGCCGUGGCAGUUUUUAGAGGACCUGCAGGACAUGCUCUAACUCUAUGCGGGGAGAAGCACGUGAAGGACAGCGGCGCUGAGGAAAGGCGGGAGGGAAGCACAACCGCUCUGCCGGGUUCGGCCCCGAGCACCGCCUGCGGGCGGGCGCGCUCCGCCCCUCUCCGGGCAGGCGCCGGCCGUGAGGCGGCGGCAGACAAAAUGGCGGCGCCGGCGGGGCAAAGCGCGCUGCGGCGGCUCUGCGGCGUCGCGCUCUUCGUGUCGCAGCUCUACCUCCUCUCCGGCCGCGCAGGAUCUUUGAUGGCCACGAAGCAUUCACAGCCACAGUCCACAUUUGCAAAAAGCCUGACUUCAACAAGCACAGACGCUCCCUACUUCAGGGCAGCAGAAAGUACAGAAAUUCCAGCUUAUGUGACUAAGUGUCCAAGCAAUGGACUUUGCAGUAGGUUGCCACCAGACUGCAUGAUAUGUAACACAAAUUAUUCCUGCAUAUAUGGAAAGCCAGCCACUUUUGAUUGCAGAGUCAAACCGCAUGUUCAUUGUGUUGAUCAGAAUAACCACGAGCAGGAGAACUUUACAAUUAACAUGACGUGCCAGUUUUGCUGGCAGCUUCCAACAACUGACUACGUGUGCACCAAUUCUACAAACUGCAUGACGGUUUCCUGUCCCCGGCAGCGAUACAAUGCCACUUGUACAGUGCGGGACCACAUCCACUGUCUGGGUAACAGAGUCUUUCCAAAGAUGCUGUAUUGCAACUGGACUGGAGGUUAUAAGUGGUCUACUGCCCUGGCACUAAGCAUCACCCUGGGUGGAUUUGGAGCAGAUCGUUUCUAUCUGGGCCAGUGGAGGGAAGGUCUGGGAAAACUCUUCAGCUUUGGUGGACUUGGAAUAUGGACACUGAUUGAUGUGCUGCUAAUUGGCGUGGGCUACGUGGGACCUGCAGAUGGCUCUCUUUAUAUUUAAUGUAGUUGUAAUUUCCAAGAGGAGUAAUUGCUUGGAAAGGGCUCCCUAUAGAAGCGUGUAGGAGUCUGAGCCCUUAAGAUAGAAUAAAGAACAGUUGUUCUUUCUGUGUGGAUACAUUUUAACGUACAGUAUCUGUACUUAGUUUGCCUUUAAAUAAGGUAAAACAAAAGGGUGGAUCACUAAAUUGAAGUUAAUUUCCCUUCAUUUAUGGAUGUGCUGCUUUUCUGAGAACGGUUGAUUACCAAUAUAUGUCAAUAAUGUUUUUUUUCCAUUGCGCACUUGCGGGAGGUUAAUUUAUUUGCCUGAGGGCACUGUGCUUGCUGAUCUUCAUUGCAUUCAUCUCUAGCUUUUGCUUCUGACUGGUUACUUAGAAAUGGGGCUACAAUUAGAUGGCUCUGAGGCUCAAAGCUAAAUGCAAAAUAACUGCAGUACCUUUGAGUUCCAGGAUGGCUUUGUUUCGGUUGGGUUUGACCUGUGUACGAGUGGAAAUAUCUCGUUCUG